AGGACAGCUACCAGGAAGGGAGCCCCGAGCUCCAGCGCAGCCCCGACCCAGGGCUCCGGGGAGGGCUUCUCCAUCUGCCAGGAUGUCAAGAACUUUUCUCCUGAGCACCUGUCGGUGAAGGUGGUGGGCAGGAAGGUGGUGCUGGUGGGGCAGAAGGAGACGCAGAGCACGGACGAGAAGGGCUCCUUCUCCUACAAGUACGAGGCGCUGAAGCGGGAGUGGGACGUGCCCGAGGAGGUGGACGUCGAGGCGCUGACGUGCUCCCUGUCCAAGGAGGGGCAGCUCCGCAUCGAGGCCCCCCGGCUGGCCCUGCCGGCUGCCCCGGAGAGGAGCGUGCCCAUCCAGGUCAGCCCUGCAGCCCCGCAGCCCGGAGCAGCCCCCGAGGAUGGAGCCAGCAGCAAAGCCCAGGUUUUAGAGGGGCUGCUGGAGGCCCCUCAGCAAUGCCAGCAGCAGGGAGGGUGA